AUGUUUCUCGAGCCAAGCGAUGUCCUCGGCCUUGAGAGCUCCCCCAAACCUCCUCCUUCUUAUUCUGCUCUCUCCUCCUCAACUAUAGAGAGACGUAAAAGUUUCACCUGCUAUGCCCCUUUCAUGGUGAAUGGUGCAGCGCUCAUAGCUCACAGCCGGCAAUUGGUGCAAUCGGAUUUGAAUUUAAAUGCAGUCAAUGGGACAGCACCAGGGGAAUACCAAUCUUCCCGUCAGCCAGUCCAUCAAUCUCUCAAACAAUCUUGUCAUUAUCCAGAUCCUGCACAAUUCAAUGGUUCCGUUGAUAGCUACGACGAGCCACGCUUAGAUUCUCAACGUGGUUCAAUGCCUUGCGACAGUCAGCCCACUCCAAACCCGGCUAGUGCCAUUUCCGCUGCUUCUAGGAACGAAAAAACCCUAACUCCAGGCCGUAGGCAUCGUCAACGUCUAGCGGAGGAAUUUGCCUCUGCUGCAACCUCUACUUCCCAUGCUACUGCUCACAACAAUAGUGCUCGACGUGAAAAUGGGAUAAACAGAAAUUUCCUAAAGAAAAAAGUAGUUUUGGAUGAUCAUGUUAAGGAGUGGGUAACAGCUCUUGAUUCCAUUGAUGUGAUUUUCGAAUACAAAGAUUUGUAUGAGAAGCUCGUAUAUCAAAAAUGUCAUUGCAGAGGUCCAGCUGUUGAUGGAAUUGAGGAUGCGAUGACCAACGGAUAUCGAGAUGCGACGGUUCGCGGAACUGAUGAUACCAGUGACACGGAUGAUGAUGAGCAACAGAUUCCUCCUGCGCCACCUGCUGAUCUUGGUUUACAAGUCAGUCAACUUUAG